AUGAGCAUCGUCAGCACGGCCUGCGCAUUCUCGGUGAUUCAAUGUGUCACCAAGCGUACUCGUCAGCUUGAGCGUUUACUAGCCCAAGUUCAAAGCAAGUACGCGAAGAUGCUACUGGACUUCCUGGAGAAGGAACAAGGUCUUGAUAUAUCUGUGUUGUUUAAAGGUUCGAUCCAUCUCGAGAGCUAUCACGAGGAACUCCAGCAGUUGCUUGUUUUGGUUGAAGAGGAAAAGUUACUGCGUCAGCGCGUGGCUGGGACCUGGGACUUUAUUGCCGCUAAAAGCAUUGACCAGAAUUCCGUGACGCUGAUCCGUGCUUGCGAGAAUCUAUGGAACGACUUGUUGCCGCAAAUUUCAAUUGUAUUGCCACUGAUCAACAGUAUUCGAGGUGAACCUGACAGUCCUUCAUGGUUGGGAAGCACCGACAUACCGAGCGCAGUGCACCCGUGGCCCUCAAUAGUUCACUAA